AUGCACCAGGAAGCAGUGAAGGUCGAACCAUACAACUUUCACACCCUGGAGCUUAAGAAGCACCAAGACAUGAGGAAUGCCAGAAAGCGACAGCUCCAGAAAGAGUGCAAACUGCGCGAACGAGCCGUUGCCAACGACCUUCUGAUCCGCCUCGAUGUUUGCAUACCUGUAGGGCAGCAGUGGGCAUCGCAGAUCCUGAAAGGACAUCUGCCUUCGGGGAGGAACCGAGAACAGCUCCUCGCCGAUGCUGUCGACCAUGUCAGAGCGCUCCGACGUUCCCACUCUGCUCCCUCCAGCCAGGCCCUAGCCCCUGCUGCUUCAAGAAGCGACCAGCCCUCGAGCUGCACGGGGGAGAUUCUGCUCGAUGCCAUGCUCACGAGCCACCGGGAGCGGAUGGUGGUGGUGGAGCUUCCGAGCUGGAGGAUCCGGAGAAUGAGCGCAGGCUUCGAGGGCGAGUACCGGGAGUCAGUGUUCGGGACGACCAUGGUGGGGCAGAGCUUGAUGCACUUUGUGGACACGGACGACGCGGACAGGCUGCGGGAGUACGGGAGGCGGGCGCAGGGGUACACGGUGGUGAUGGUGAAGGUGCGGAUGGAAGCGAUGUGGACGAGGGAGGGGAGGGAGAGGAUGUUCAUGGUGUCAGGGGAUAUGGAGAGGGUGAGGGGCCCGGAGUGGGGGAGGGUGAACUUGCGGCAUCUGUUCGGGGUGUACAUGUACAGUGCGGAGGGGUCGAACUCGGCGCCGUGGAAGGUAGACGGGGCGAUGCAAAAUCACGGAUUACCAUGCAAUAGAAACUUUCUGUCGUUGCACAUGCCGGCGUUCCGAGAAUCGGAUGCCUCCGUCUCGAUCAUCGAGUGGAUCAGGCAAGGAGCCAUGGCACGUCUAGCGUCAGCGCAGGACGCUGUCUUCUCGUUCCUUGCAAGAAGGCAUCAGAUUCACGUGACGUUUGACCCGAACAGCAGCGGGAUACUCUGCAUACAUGCUUUUGUCCGGAUUCUUCUUCCUCAGGUGCUCGGGGGAUUCAAAACAUCCUGGAGCUGCCUGCUAAAGCAGCCGAUGGACGGAUCGCCUGUGGCGAGGAUGGGAGACGAGUUCCAAGUCCUACGGCUCGUGGGGCACUGGACGGGACAGGAGGAGGAGUUCAAGUUCACCGCCUUCUUCUGUGGAGUAGAGGACAACAUCUGCUUCCACACGAGGACGUGGACCGUCACGUCGGACGCGAUCCGACAUCAAGGACAGGUGUUCAAGACCGCCGUCGAGGAGCCCUACCGCUACUCGUACUUGAUGCGGAGGCAGGAGGAGGCAGACGUGACGCUGGUGGGGCUGCUAGGGGAGGAUCAUGAAUGA